AUGGGCGCUCAAAUGCUCCUCUCACCUGGUCCUCACCCUCAGCCCACAGGGGAAAAGGAUUCCAUGCUUGAGACCACCUGUUUGGCCCCGAUACACCAACCUCCUCAGAACAGACACCCCCGCGAGAGGCUGGGCAUCUCCAAGCCCCAGUCCUCCAACGGCUCCCAGAUGCGCUCAGGAGAAGGCCCAACUGCCCCCCGAGGACCCACGCGGCUGGCCUCAGUACUCACCGCACUCCUUCCUGCCACUGGGCCUUUGUACAUGCUGUUCCCUCGCCUCAUUAGGUCUCAAGGUGAAGGGCUUGUCCUCGGAAGAGUGCCGUCGCCUCAAGGCCUCGCCGGGCCCCAGGGCGCCCAGGCCGCCGGGUGCCGCGCACUGAUGACGUCACUGGCCGCCCUCACCUGCUCCUCGGGUCUUGUCAGUGCUCGCCUCCUUUCGACUGUGCUCGGGCUCCCCAAAGCCCCUCUGAGCCGGGGCAGGUACCCCCCCCCCCCCACCUGCUCUGCAGCCCCUCUGGCCUCCGUGUGGUCCUAA